AAUGCCAGAAUGGAAUGUACGGAGAAAACUGUUCGUCCGUUUGCAGUAGCACUUGCCGAGAGAGGGGUACCUCCUCUGCCCGACGGUGUCACCACACAACAGGAGGAUGUCUGAGCGGCUGCGUGCCCGGUUAUACAGGCCAAAUGUGUGAAACAG